GAUGAAUUAAGAGGCGGGCAGAGCGUUUCCCAGGUGCUAACCCGACGCCCGCAGCGAACCCAGCCCGGACGGGACGGGGGCAGCCACAGCGUGGCCGGGCACCGUGAGAGGCAGCUGAUGCCCGGACCCUGAGCGCGCCGUGACCGCGGCCCCGAGCCCGCCCAGACCCCGGCACGGCAGCGGCGCUCAUGGCCUCCGGGCCGGGCCAGGGAGGCGCUGCCCGUGAGCGGCGCGGGGCGGCUGGGCUCAGCGGUGCCUGGCGCCCCCAAGGAGCGGGCGAGCCGCGGCGGCGCUUCCGCAGGGCGGCCCGAGCCCUGGCGCAUCUCUGCGGACUCAGCUUGUGGCGGAAAAGAUAUGUUGGAAAGAGUCCAGUAAUACAGUGGGCAAUAUUUCACAUGAAGAGGCAGACACGUCUUGGAAGUGAUCUCUUAUUCAACAUCAACAAUUAUUCUACAACUAAGCUUAGGGGAGAUUUUGAAAAGCUGAAGCGUCUGUUGUAUAUUUGCCCUAAAGAGAGAAGCCAGCAAGAUCUCAGGGAGAUACAAACGUGUCUGAAGAAGAACAGAACAUUUCAGUGUUUACCUCAUAAAACACAGCUCCAACUUUGCCAUGCUGUCAUCUACCAAGAGUGUGAAGCUGGAACCAUAGUUAUAAGGCAAGGACAUGUUCCAAGUGAAUGUUACUUAAUACUAUCUGGAAAACUAAAAGUCAUAGGGGGUGAUGCAAAUUUCAAAGACCAAACUUUCACCUCUGAAAUAUUAUGUGAAGCUGAAGAAGGAGACUUCGUAGGGGAAAUUUGUCUUCUGACUAAUACAAACCGAUCUACUUCCAUUAUAUGUAAAUCCGAUGUGGAACUUCUAGUGAUAAACAAAGAGGAUUUUGAUUGUAUUCUUGCAGAUUUACUACAUGAACAAUACCGCGCAACGUGUAACUUUCUAAGGAAACUCACAUUAUUCUCUUCAUGGCCAGCAGAAAAAAUAGACUUUCUUGUUCACUGCUCCCUACAGAGAUUUUACAGGACAGGAACAACUGUUGUUCCAGAAAGUUUAAACUCUUACUUCUUAGUAGUUGUAAAAUCGGGUCGAUGUCUGAUAGUGACACAACUGGAUCAAGAGAGAAUAUAUGCACACUCCAAUGAAAUGCAGAAUUUUUCUUCUCUUUGUAAUAAUUUUAACACAAUAUUGUCCUUAAAAGAAAAGAAGGAUUUGACUGGAAGACUUUGGGAAAGAUCUCUGUAUUCAGCUGCUCAGAGAACACCUCUUACCCAGAUGCCCAGAAGACAAAGACCUCAAACAGUUGCGGUACUAUGUUAUUCGCUCAGGGAUAGAAGAGCCUUUGGUGAUCUGGAACAGAAAGGUGGCUUCAUCAGCUCCUCAGUUCCUGAAGAUAAGGGCUCUGGAACAAGGUGGCAUUUUUGGUUUGGGAGAAACAAUGGACAAGUUUUGUCGCCUUCAGUUCAGCUUGAUCAGUGAAGGAGCAGAGUGCAUUUUUAUUCCCAAAAAACUUUUUCUAGACAAAGCACCUGUCAAGUCGAGAAAGAUGGCUCUCGAGCUGGUGAAAAGUUACCCCUCAGAGAGCAUGAUUAUGGAGAACUAUACUAGGCAUCAAGCUUGGAAUACUUACAAGGCCAACCUUAUUGGACAACAGCUUGAGAGACAAGCUAUGCCAACUUCAGCUCGCUUUUCUUUUUAAGGUGUCUAUGGUGGUGCCUUAUGGCCAGAUACUUCUUCUUUUAGUGAAUGAGAUAAUGAUGAUACUCAAGCAUGUGCUAAUGGGAAAAUAUGUACUGUCCAUGACUAUAUACACACAGGAUAAUGCAGACAUGUUAUAUGCCUUUUAAAUAAAGUUUGUU